UGUCGAUCCUCCGCAAAAUCCCUUUUCGUAACGAUAUUGCUUAUAAGUCUAAUAAUCUCACAUCUCUACCUUUGGCACCACCAGAAAACAUCAAUUUCGUGGAGCGGCUGCGAAUAUCAUAGUUCAGUGGUCUUCUUUAUGAGUGUUGUUCAGCAAUCAGAUACACCUUUAUCUUAUUCGGAUCUUGCUUUUCGUGCUAGUAAUUUCUCCUUUAAUGCUAACCUACCAUUGAAAAACUGGCUACGAACAUCCAAGACUAUUUUAAAACAAGCUCAUGUAUAUGUACUAGAGAAGGAUUAUGCCAAUGGUAUAUUUCUUUUAAUUCGUUAUAGUGAGUUAUUUUUGAAAUGCCAACAACACCCAGAAUCUCAAGGAUAUCGGAGACAGUUAUUUGAAUACUUUCAGACUGUUAAAAAUGAUGCUUUAAAAGAGAUUGAGCUUCUCAAGCCUUUGGUGGAAAAACAAUAUGAAGAAUACAAAAAGAAGCAAUCUUCGGUUGUACCGGAACAAGUAAAACAGCCAUCUCAAUCACUUCGACAGACCUCUCCUAUUUCUGAGCCACAAUUAGAACAAUGGGCUCUUUCUGAAUUACAGAUUCUUCCACGAAAUGCUUCAAAUGAGUUACUUUCCAGUGUAUCUGCUUCUUCUUCUAAACCAGUCUUUGAUUACUCUUCUCUUCAAUCAUCAAUAGACUCUUCUUAUACCGCUCCAGUAUCUGAGUCUCAAUCUUUGUUUCAUUCCUCGAAACCGUCAAAUAAUGUCCCCCUUCCUCGCGCUCUAACCCCCGAAAUAUCUUUGGAUGAUCGUAAGGGUCACAUUAUUCCUUAUCCGGAGAAUAAAAAACCCCAGACAUCUUUCAAAAUCCAUUCAUAUACAGAAGGAGGGAAACCCUUGCGAACUGUUUAUCUUCCAAAAUCUCUUAAAUCGAAGUUUCUUCGAGUCGCCGAAUCGAAUACCAAGAAAAAAUUAGAAACUUGCGGUAUUCUUUGUGGAAAAUUGCGGCAAAACGCGUUUUUUAUUACGCGGCUUGUCAUCCCUUCUCAGGAAGCUACAACAGAUACAUGUGGUACUACAGAUGAAACAGCCUUGUUUGAUUACCAAGAUAAGCAUGACCUUUUGACUUUAGGUUGGAUCCAUACACACCCUACCCAGACAUGCUUCAUGAGUAGCGUUGAUUUACAUACCCAUUGCUCUUACCAGUUGAUGCUUCCUGAAGCAAUUGCCAUUGUUAUGUCUCCCUCAAAAACGCCAGACUCCGGUAUUUUUCGUUUGCUUGAUCCAAAAGGACUUGAGGAGGUCGUACAUUGCCGAAAACCUGGCUUGUUUCACAUACACGAAGGACGAGUUUACACAAAUAUCAACCAACAAGGGCAUGUCAGAGAAAUUAAUUCCAGUGUGGAAACGGUAGACCUUCGUUAGAUAUUGAAAAGCAAACGCUUUUCUCUUUUUCCUUUAUUUACAUUCCUUUCUUUUGUUAUGGUACGAACUAAUAAUUAUUGCUUCGUUUUAUAUAUAUUUUUUUUUUCUAAUAAAAUAUCUAAUUUCCUCAUGAUAACACUCCAAA